ACUUUAACGCAGAGGGGCGUGGCCACGGAGGCAAACCUUCCAUAAAAGGCAGGGAGUAGGCGGGGCUCGAACGGAGAGGGCGUGCUCAGGUAUGCAGAUUGUUUUUCUGUGGAGGCGGGGCUUAAUCGCAGCAGGCAGUGCCUUGAAAAUCCUUCCAUAAUAGACUGUAAGGGGCGGGGCUUAUACUGGAGGGAGGCGGGGCCAAGGAUGAAAACCCUCCUAUGGAAGAGAGGCGGGGCUUCACUGCAGGGGGCGUGGCCACUGAUGCAAAUCUUAUGCCGGUGAAGAGGCGGGACCACUGAUUGAAAUUCUUAUAUAGGAGGGAGGCGGGACUUAAGCGCAGGGGGGCGUGGCUACUGAUGCAAAUCUUAUGCCGGUGAAGAGGCGGGACCACUGAUUGAAAUCCUUAUAUAGGAGGGAGGCGGGGCUUAACCUCAGGGGCGUGGCCACUGAUGCAAAUCUUAUGCCGGUGAAGAAGCGGGACCACUAAUUGAAAUCCUUAUAUAGAAGGGAGGCUGGGCUUAACCAGAGGGGGCGUGGCUACUUAUUCAAAUCUUAUGCCGGUAAGGAGGCGGGGCUUAUAUCGAAGGCAGGCAGGGCCGCUGACGAAACCCUUAUAUGGAAGGGAGGCUGGGGCUUAGACAACAGGGGGCGUGGCUACUGAUGCAAAUCUUUCUAUAAAAGGUUUUAAGGAGGCGGGGCUUAUAUUGAAGAAAGGCGGGGCCACUGAAUGAAACCCUUAUAUAGAAAGGAGGCUGGGCUUAACCGCAGAGGGCGUGGCUACUGAUGCAAAUCUUUCGAUGGUAAGGGAUGUGGCUUAAUCGCAGGGGGCGUGGCUACUGAUGGAAACCCUUAUAAUAGAUGCCGAGGGGGGGCGUGGCUUAAUCGCAGGGGGCGUGGCUGCCUUGUUCCCUUGCCUAGGCGCCGCCGAGAAGGGGGCGUGGCUUAAUCGCAGGGGGCGUGGCCAGGGUGUUUUCUCAUAGACUCAAUGGGAAGAGAUCCCCACAAGCUAUCUAGUCCAUCCCGAGCCAUGGCAGGAGCACACAAUCAAAGCACUCCUGGCAGAUGGCCACGCGGCUUCUGCUUGAUGCUGUUUAGAAUGGCCUGGGCCUUUCUGUGGAUCCAGAAGGCGGGGCUUGGGGCUGCUGGAUAAAAGGGGCGGAGGGAAAGAGUCGGAACUCGAACGCAGGUCCUUCUGUGGGCGUUGCAGGCAGAGCUUAUGCAGGCGGAGGCCAUGAAGGAGACAUGCGGAAUUUAUUUGGAGAACCAGUCACGGAGGCGCUACGGGAUCACUUCUCCAAUUAGUGUGGCAUUUCCGAGGGACGUAGAUCGCAUCUACACAGAGAAGCUGAUCGAAGCUAUGAAGCCUUUUGGUGUGUUUGAAGACGAGGAAGAGCUGAAUCGCAGGGUAGUUGUCCUGGACAAACUAAAUAACCUGGUCAAAGAGUGGAUUGCGGAAGUUGGUAAAAAUAAGAACCUCCCCCCUUCAGUGUCAUUGUGUUCCAGUGGCAAAAUAUUGACGUUCGGCUCCUAUCGGCUCGGAGUUCACACGAAAGGUGCUGACAUAGAUGCUCUCUGUAUUGCCCCCAGACACGUGGACAGAUCGGACUUCUUCCAAUCCUUCUUUGAAAAGCUGAAACUUCAAGAUGGCAUCAGAAACUUAAGAGCAGUCGAAGAUGCAUAUGUGCCAGUAAUAAAAUUUGAAUUUGAUGGUAUUGAGAUCGAUCUCGUGUUUGCAAGGCUGGCUCUGCCAACUAUUUCUGACAACCUGGAUCUUCGAGACGAUUCCAGUCUUAAAAGCCUCGACAUAAGGUGUAUUCGGAGCUUAAAUGGUUUCAGAGUCACUGAUGAGAUACUUCAUUUAGUACCAAACAAGGAGAACUUCAGGCUGACACUCAGGGCAAUUAAACUGUGGGCGAAACGACGUGGCAUUUAUUCCAAUAUGCUGGGAUUUCUUGGAGGCGUUUCUUGGGCCAUGCUGGUGGCGAGGACGUGCCAGUUGUAUCCAAACGCUUUGGCGUCAACACUGGUCCAUAAAUUCUUUGUGAUCUUUUCAAACUGGGAAUGGCCCAAUCCUGUCUUAUUGAAAGAACCUGAAGAGAGCAAUCUCAACUUGCCUGUUUGGGACCCCAGGGUAAAUCCAUCUGACCGGUAUCAUUUGAUGCCCAUCAUCACCCCAGCUUACCCUCAGCAGAAUUCAACUUACAAUGUGUCCACUUCAACCCGAGCCAUAAUGGUAGAAGAAUUCAAACACGGUCUCGUGGUUGCAGAUGAGAUUUUUCAAGGAAAGUCGGACUGGCCAAAGCUACUGGAACCACCCAAUUUUUUCCAAAAAUACAAGCAUUACAUCGUCCUGACGGCCAGUUCCUCCACUGAAGAGCACCAUUUGGAAUGGGUCGGCCUAGUAGAAUCUAAAAUCCGUGUACUUGUUGGAAACCUGGAGCGGAAUGAAUUCAUUACCCUCGCACAUGUCAAUCCUCAGUCCUUUCCUGGGAAUAGGACGCAGCCUAAAGAGAGCGAUUAUGUGUCUUUGUGGUUUCUGGGAAUAAUCUUCAAGAAAGCAGAGAAUGCGGAGAGCGUAAACAUUGACUUAACCUACGAUAUCCAGUCAUUCACAGAUACAGUUUACAGACAAGCCAAUAAUAUCAACAUGUUGAAAGAAGGCAUGAAGAUUGAAGCUACUCAUGUGAAGAAGAAACAGCUCCACUAUUACUUGCCUGCAGAUUUGUUGCAGAAGAGGAAGAAGAGCAUGCCGGAUGUUGGGCGCCACACUCGGCUUGUGUUGAAAAGGACAUCUUUGGACAACAGCUACUUAGACUCUUCUAGGGACAUGAAUGGUGCAGCGCAGCUCACUUCAUUUGGUGGUAUAGCAAAACCCAGCAGUCAUCCUCUUUCAAAAGAAAUAGAAAGGCCAGCUGUCUUUCAAAGAACCACCUUCUUUGCAAGUAGAGAGAAGCCACUGAACGUGAUCCAGCCUCCGGUCUCUUCACAGGGGAUGUCCAUUCCAAAUGUCCCUUCGUUCGGAGGAGACACAGCACCACCUCCAUGGGUCCAGAGCAUUUCCAUGAGCCUUGAACAGAAUACAAUUCCUGCAACUCUUGAGACCAUUUCCGCUGAUUCCUUGGACGACACGGCUUCUGCGAGCAUUAAAAAUAGUUCUGCACAGAAACGGGUUCAUUCGCCUGCCUCAGGAGACGCUCUGAAACGGCUGAAAGACACAGAGAAGCAAAGCCUUGGAAAAACUAUGCCUUUUCAAACAGUUGGCACACUAAGAUCACAGCGGCUUCCUAGUAAAGAAUUGCCAGAUUCAUCUUCACCGGUUCCAACAAGUAGCAUUCGUGUUGUGAAAAACUCCAUCAGAUUGACUCUUAACAGAUAGCAGUCCUUCUUCAGGAAAUGGUACUGCACGGACUUGAGCUGCCAUUGAAUGUUUCAAGCUGCCAUUUCUAAAACCCGUGACCUGUGGUUAGACUUCUACUGUAUUCCCUGGGACGUCUGCCUUUAUUUUCACUCUGCAGAUGCAUAGAUUUAUUUUAAGACUUUGAGUUUAAACUAUUUUGUUUGGGGUGGGAAAUUUUCUUUUGUUAUUUUGUUAUGAAAAACCAAAAAAAAAUUAUGAAAACUUGGGUUUGAAUUUUUUUUGUUUUGUUUUGGGGUGGGAAAUGAAAAAAAUAUAUAAAAAUAUCAUGCGCUUCUAUAUAUACUUUCCCUUAAAAGAGGCUGCAUACAGACCACUUAACCCUGGUGUAAUUCUACUUUGAAGUCAGUGGAAUUACAGCAGUGCAAGGAGUCUGAAUUUCUCUCUUUAAGUAUAUUCUUAAUACAGUUGUUAUAAUCAGGAAAUCAAGACCCAAUGCUAAUGAUGUGGAAGAGCCAACUUUUCUGCUGAGCUGAUUGAUAGGUAAUUUUUGUGUCUGGCAAUGUAUACAGAAAUAUCUUUAUGGCCCAAAUCUUAUGUGGUUAUGAAAGAAUACCAGCUUCUAUAGCAGGCAUGGGCAAACUUUGGCCUUCCAGGUGUUUUGGACUUCAAUUCUCACAGUUCCUAACAGCCAAUAAGCUGGCUGGGAUUUCUGGAAGUUGAAGUCCAAAACACUUGGAGGGCCGAAGUUUGCCCAUGCCUUUUCUAUAGUGAGCAAAAAAAGACAUAUGCGUGUAUAGGUCACCUUUGCACCUGCAUAUGUUGCUAGUCAAUCUAUCUGUGUUUGUGGCCAGAGGUGCUUCUCUUUUGCAGUCCACAAUCCCAUUACAAAAUAUUGCACCUAUAUCAAUGCACUGUGUAAAUGUCAAAUUAAAAAAAGAACUCCCUCUCAUGGAGGUUCACAAAAUUUAAAACCCCUAGGACACAAUUGAGCCAUAGUUUAAGCACAUUGAAGCCCCCAAGAAUAUGAAUGAGAUGCAAGUGCAAAUCGGCCUUUUUUUUUGUACCCCCUUCACCCAAAUUUGAAAUUAUGGGAGUUCAAUGUGCCUAAAUUUUUGCUGAAUUGCACUCUGGGUUUAUUAAAAAAAUUAAUAAAUCUGGCACAAUAAUGAAAUGCUAAGUAUGAUGGUUAAAAUAAAUAGGAAUUGUGUGCUUCCCAGACUGCAAGUCCUACCAUUCCUUUCCAUUGGCUGUGGCUGCUGGUAUGUGUAGUCCCAACAACAUCCGGAUGACCACAUGAUUCCCACCCAUAUUAAAGACCUUGUUGUAGGGACUUAACUCAUACUGUAAAGUAGGCAUGGGAAAACUUGGGCUUUCAGGUGUUUUGGACUACAACUCCCACCAUUCCUAACAGUCUCAGGCCCCUUCCUUUUCCCCCUCAGCCACUUAAGAUGAAGCUGUUAGGAAUGGUGGGAGUUGAAGUCCAAAACACCUGAAAGCCCAAAUUUGCCCAUGGCUGAUCCUAAAGUAUAUUUAUCUUAACUGUUGAAAAGAGACCAAAACUAUUCCUUGUAUCCUAUCCUGAAGACAUAACAUCUCUUAGCCUACUUUGCUGUGUUACUCCUUUCCUUGUCUUAAUUGUGGCAAAGAAUACUGAAUGGUUUUUUUUUUUUGCAAUGUUCUGUUCCAAAUAACACAAUUAAACAUUAUAUUAUCCAAUUUAAGAUCACUCAGCUCUACCAAAAAAAUAUGCAUCCCCAAAAAAGCUAUCAGUGUCUCCUGCAAUGUCAUGAAAAGAAAAUCUAGUUUAUGUGUCUUAAAUUAAGUAUUGUCUUGUUUUUGUAUUUAAAAAAAGAGAAUAUAUAUUCAGAAUAUUUUUGUAUGUACUGUAUAAUCAUCUUUUUCAAAGAAAAAUCUAAAAAAUCUA